CUGAGCAGGCAGCAGCCAGUGACCCGGCAGCGCUGCGCUUGCGAACCUCCGCCUCCAGCAGCGGCAGCGGGAGCAGCAGGGGCGGGCGGCGCCCAUUGAGUGUGGGAGGCCGGCAGGGGUGGCUGAGCGGAGCCGCGCCACUUCCAGAGCCGCCCCGACCUGUGUCGGGACCCUCCGACCCCAGCCAGCCCCGCGGGGCCUCCGCCCGGUCUCCUCUCUCCGCCUGCCACUCCCUCUCCAGCGCCAUGGCGGCGGCCGCCGAGCCCAGCAGCGGCCGAUACCAGCAGGUAGCAGACAAAUACUGAGGUUCAUCACCAUGUCUGCCCUGGCAACAGAACCUACAGUCUUCUUGCUUUCCCACAGAAAAAGCUUGUGACUCCCAGUUCCCUCUGAAGAAUGAGCAGUGUCUGUGCUGGGUCACUAACAGUACCUGCAACUCUAGUUGCUACUGUUUUGCAAUUGUAACUGAAAAGAAAAGUUAAAUGUCUUCACAAGAUAAGGAAGCUCAGGAGGAUGAGCUGCUGGCUCUAGCUAGUAUUUAUGAUGAAGAUGAAUUUAAGAGGGCAGACUCUGCCCAAGGAGGAGAAACAAGAAUUUGUCUGGAGUUGCCCCAAAACUUCAAAAUAUUUGUGAGAGGAAGUCCCACAGAGUGUCUCCAGAACAGUGGAUAUGAAUACACAAUUUGCUUUCUGCCUCCACUUGUACUGAAUUUUGAACUCCCACCAGAUUACCCAUCAGUCUCUCCGCCUGUGUUCACACUCAGCAGCAAGUGGCUCUCCCCGACCCAGCUUACUGCACUUUGCAAGCACUUAGACAACUUGUGGGAAGAGAACCGAGACUGUGUGGUCUUGUUCGCCUGGAUGCAGUUUCUUAAGGAAGAAACACUAGCUUACCUGAACAUCACCUCCCCAUAUGAACUAAAACUGUGCCAUCGAGAAAAUGGGCAGAGCAGGACAUCUGUGUUUCCUCUGAAUGCUGAGCUGGAUGGUUGUGGUGCAGCAGGUGCUGCAACAGGACAAGAAGAAAUCCUUGAUGAAAGAGCUGUACAGGAUGUGGAGUCUCUGUCAAGUCUGAUAGGGGAAAUCUUGGACUUUGAUCAGGCUCAGCAGAAAAAAUGCUUUAACAGUAAAAUGUUCUUGUGCAGCAUCUGUUUUUCUGAGAAGCUGGGUAGUGAAUGUAUGUACUUCAUGAAGUGCAGGCAUAUAUACUGCAAAUCCUGUUUAAAGGACUACUUUGAAAUUCAGAUCAGGGAUGGUCAGGUCCACUGCCUCAGCUGUCCAGAACCAAAGUGUUCUUCUGUUGCUACUCCUGGCCAGGUUAAGGAACUGGUUGGAGAGGAGUUGUUUGCACGUUAUGAUCGCCUACUUCUGCAGUCCAGCUUGGACUUGAUGGCAGACGUGGUAUAUUGUCCUCGUCCAUGCUGUCAGACUCCAGUGAUGCAAGAGCCAGGUUGCACCAUGGGCAUAUGUUCCAGUUGCAACUAUGCCUUCUGUACCCUCUGUAAAAUGUCUUAUCAUGGAGUCUCUCCAUGUAAAGUCACUGCAGUUCACUCCUUAGAAAAGCGAAUGGAUUUGCGUAAUGAGUACCAAGAAGCAGAUGAGGCCACUAAAAUAUUUCUGGAGCAGUGCUAUGGCAAAGGAGGGAUUCGGAAAGCCCUUGAGGAGCUGGAAAGUAAAGAAUGGCUAGAAAAGAACUCAAGGGCCUGCCCUCAUUGUGGCAUUCGUGUACAGAAACGAGAUGGUUGUAACAAGAUGAUAUGCACUGGCUGCAGGCAGUACUUCUGCUGGCUUUGUAUGGGUUGUCUGUCUUGGGCGAAACCAUAUGGGCACUUCAGAGAUAAAUCUUCCCCAUGCUUUAAGCGGUUGUAUUAAGCUAUGAAUGUUGAUGCUGAAGAUGAAGACUAAUUAUGUUCUGUAUCACCUAAUGCUGAAGAAACCAGAAAUGAAUCUCUUCUGCUUACGUCAAGUUUGUUUGCCGUCAUAUGAUGAGUGGUAACACUUCACACUGCAGGCUGCUUACACAACCAUUUGGAUGCUGUUGCCACCAACAGAAGAGACCAAUUCCCUUCUCUUCUAGUGGUUUAGGUCUGUUUAGUGCUAAACAGAGUGAACAAACUGUCAUCCGAAGGCUUAACAAAUGGUUGAGAAACUCUGAAUACCAUAAUGUGCCCCUUUUUCUGAAACACAUCCUAGAAAUUUCUGUUUGGAAAUUUCUCCAGGAAGUUUGGCCUUGCAAGGAUCUCUGGAUUCCAUCCUACAUACUUGGCAGUAAUCUUUCCUAUCACUGAGGUGGGCUACACGUACUCUCCUUGGAGCCCUUUGGUGAAGCUGCUUGUGUCCAUUGCAGGAAGACUAUUAAACAUAGCAUAAGAAUUUCUCCCUUCUCUCUGAGACUGAGCCAGUUGCUUUCAUAGCAUUUCCUGACCUGGAUCCAAACUGAUUUUUCUGUGGUGGCUCACUGCUCUAACACUGACACACUUCACUGGGGUGGUAGAGGUUGAUAAAUUGCAGAAUUUUUGCCCCCCAUUCCUUCUCCUUCUCCCAUCCUCCCACCACCACAGAGUGGAUCUAAUGCCUGGGUCCGGUGUAGAAAGUUACUGACAAACAUUUCCUGUUUUCAUAACUCUCACUCUUCUUGAUUCAGUUUCAGUAAUUCAUUUCCAUAUUGCUAUCAUAUCUUAACAGGGAAGGAAUUUAUAGGGUCUGGUGAUUAUUUUCAUAAUGAUGGAUAUUAACAGUCUGUGUGCCCAAUCUGAAAUUCUGUGCAGUCUUUCUUGACUCAAAUAUUAAUGAGGUGCUUAAAUAAAAGAAAAGCAACCUCAGACACUGAACUGAAAUUUUACAGGUACACAAUCGUGACUUGAAUCCCCUAACUGCAUGUUUUUCCUUCUCAAUUUCUAGUUAAAUUUUUUUGUGAAAUUAUGUCCUUUGGCCAAAGACCUCUAAAUAAAUGUCCGGGAGUAAUGGGCAGCCUUCCAUCUGAACUAGCUCACUCAUCCACACUCUCAUACUUCAAAAUACGAAGUUAUUGGAAAACCAGUUCUCCCAACCCUGUAGAUUUACAAGCAGUCUUAAAUGUGAGAACAUGCUUGGAUUACAUUUUUAGAAAUACUUUUUCAUCUGUAAGAUAGGCUAGAAAACAGCUGCUUUGACUUUUUAAUGAGACAUGUACCUUGUUCAAAAUAAGACAGCAGGGCCUGAAUGGCUCAGGAGCUAGGUUAUGAUACAGAGAGUCAAGGUCAACUCUUCAUAUGCAGUUUUUACUCAGAUGUCUGUCUAGCUGAAUUGAGUAAAUAGUUUUAGUCCAUUUCUGGAAGGGACAAAGAUUCCUGUUACACAACUCACUAUCAUGCUUGGUAUCUUGAGAGAGUGUCUGCCUCCUAAUCUCUCUCAAUCUACCUGUUAGUUUUCAAAGCAUUAUUUGCAGAAAUAGCCAUGAGAUAUUAUGCAGUAAAAAGAUUGGUAAGUUUUUAUCCUUUUAAAAUCAUGUUUUAAGGUUUCAAAAGAGCCUUGUUCCUCAGCUUUGUAAAAAGGAUGUAAAUCUAUAUUACCACGAUGAAUUAAGAGGGAGAUGAAUAAAUGUCAUUUAAAAAUUUA